CGCGUGACGGGCUCGCGUCGCUCCGCCCCCUCCCCUCAUGACGUCACCGCCCUCUGCGCAGUGCGCAGGAGGAACCGGCGGCGGCGCGAGGAGAGCAGCGGCUGAGGACAAAUUCUGCCUCCCACAUGAACUACGAGAACCCUCCACCCUACCCCGGCCCGGGCCCGUCUGCCCCUUACCCACCCUAUGCCCAGCAGCCAGGUGGCCCUCCUGGCCCAUACCCAGGCUAUCCUCCUGGACCAACUGGGCCCUACCAGCCAGGCCAACCAGGUUACCAAGGGUACCCCCAGUAUGGAUGGCAAAAUGCACCUCCACCUCCAGGACCAGUGUAUGCAGAUGGGCCUAAAAACACAGUGUAUGUCGUGGAGGAGCGGCGGAGGGACGACACGGGUGAGAGCGCCUGCCUGACAGCGUGCUGGACCGCCCUCUGCUGCUGCUGCCUCUGGGACAUGCUGACCUGAGCACCCUCCUCCUCCUCCGGCCCUACCUCUCACCGACUGCUAUGCAGGCUCCCCACUCCUCUCCUGACUCCUUUCUAUUACUGUAAUCAACGCUCUGCUUUGCACAGCCAGGAGUUCCCGUCUGUCUGUCAGUCCUAGCGCCUUGUUGGGGGGUGUAUGUGUGUGUGUGGGGGGGGUGGGGUGCACUCCUUUAUUUUAGUAAAGGAAAAAAAAAAUCCCUUUUUAACAUUUCUAAGACUUUUGUUGUAACUUUGAAGAACGUGCUAAUGGUCUCUUUCAGCCAAAAGCCUUCUGAUGAAAUGUAAUUUAUCAGUCGAGAUUUUCCUAGUCCUAGAAAUGGAAAUGUAUGCAAUAAUUAAAGCCAACAGUUGAUUUUCUUUGCCAGGUCAUGGCUGUCUCAAUAAAUCUGUCCCCUAGAGGGUGUGC